UCAAACAGAGCAUCGCCUUGCCGUGCACUAGACCACCUUACCCGACUCACCGAGCCCGCCCUCAGCCGCCGGCCGCCCUCCGCCGUCGCCGCGCUCAUCUGCCCGACUGCCCCUGUGCCCAUCUUCCGCUGGGGAUUCGAAGGAGGUGGCCGCGGCUCCAGUUGUGGCAGAUAGCAGCUUGGUGGCACUGUGGCAGAGAAGGGGAAGGCGUGGUCGGCGGCGUGCCUGGGCGGUGAGGAGGGAUCGACGUUCUACUGCCAAAUGUAGCCGUCUUGCGCAAUGCAGUGUCCGCGGCGAAGAGUUCACGCGUCCGCCACCACUACCCCGCUUACCCAUCGCCGUCUCGUUGCCGCAUCAUCAAGGCCAACACCCUUCCGCCACUGCCGCUCUCUUGCGCUCGCGCCAUGGGCCUCCCGCGAGGUCAUCUCCGUCCCUUCUCCACCGCCGCCGUCCGCCUUCGCCGGCCUCCCUCCGGCUCCAUCUCUCACGAGGUCAAAGACAAUAAAGAAUGGCAGCAGGAGCUGGAGCAGCACAUCGCCCGCGGGCAGCUGGCCCUUGCCCGCCAGGUGUUUGACAGAAUCCCCGCGCCGGACGCGCGCGCUUACAACGCGCUCAUCCGCGCUUACUCCUGGCGCGGCCCCUUCCACGCCGCCAUCGACCUUUACCGCUCUAUGCUCUACUUUCGCGUGCCCCCCAACAAGUACACCUUCCCCUUCGUCCUCAAGGCAUGCUCCGCGCUCGCUGACCUCUGUGCUGGCAGAACCAUCCACGCCCACGCCGCCGCCGUGGGCCUCCAUACUGACCUGUUUGUCUCCACCGCCCUCAUCGACCUGUACAUCAGGUGCGCCCGAUUCGGCCCUGCAGCCAACGUCUUCGCCAAAAUGCCCAUGAGGGACGUAGUUGCAUGGAACGCCAUGCUUGCGGGCUAUGCUAACCAUGGCAUGUACCAUCAUGCCAUUGCCCACCUCCUCGACAUGCAGGACCGUGGCGGCCUCAGGCCUAAUGCCUCCACGCUUGUUUCCCUCCUUCCGCUUCUUGCCCAACAUGGGGCGCUCUUCCAAGGGACAAGUGUCCAUGCCUACUGCCUUCGUGCCUAUCUUGAUCAAAACGAGGAACAAGUGCUUAUUGGAACUGCGCUGCUGGAUAUGUAUGCCAAGUGCAAGCACUUGGUUUAUGCUUGCAGGGUGUUUCAUGGCAUGACUGUCAGGAAUGAGGUCACUUGGAGCGCGCUUAUUGGAGGCUUCGUGCUGUGCGACAGAAUGACAGAAGCUUUCAAUCUGUUCAAGGACAUGCUGGUAGAAGGAAUGUGCUUUCUCUCCGCAACCUCUGUUGCAAGUGCCCUUAGGGUCUGUGCCAGCCUGGCUGAUCUUCGUAUGGGCACACAGUUGCAUGCUUUGCUUGCUAAAUCUGGAAUCCAUGCUGAUCUGACUGCAGGCAACUCUCUUCUCUCGAUGUAUGCCAAGGCUGGCUUGAUAAACGAAGCAACAAUGCUCUUUGAUGAGAUUGCCAUCAAGGACACAAUCUCUUAUGGUGCACUUUUGUCAGGGUAUGUGCAGAAUGGCAAGGCAGAGGAAGCAUUUCUUGUCUUUAAGAAGAUGCAGGCCUGCAAUGUGCAGCCAGAUAUUGCGACGAUGGUGUCUCUGAUCCCAGCUUGUUCUCAUCUGGCUGCUUUGCAGCAUGGGAGGUGCAGUCAUGGCUCUGUCAUAAUCCGUGGGCUUGCAUUAGAAACCUCUAUAUGUAAUUCUUUGAUCGAUAUGUAUGCAAAAUGUGGAAGGAUUGAUCUGUCCAGGCAGGUUUUUGACAAGAUGCCAGCUCGGGAUAUUGUAUCAUGGAAUACAAUGAUUGCAGGAUAUGGAAUUCAUGGACUGGGGAAAGAAGCUACUACAUUGUUCCUAAGUAUGAAGAAUCAAGGUUUUGAACCAGACGAUGUCACCUUCAUCUGUCUAAUAGCUGCGUGUAGUCAUUCUGGACUUGUGACUGAAGGGAAGCACUGGUUUGAUACGAUGACACACAAGUAUGGUAUACUUCCAAGGAUGGAGCACUAUAUAUGCAUGGUUGAUCUUUUGGCAAGAGGUGGUUUCCUUGAUGAGGCCUAUCAGUUUAUCCAGAGCAUGCCACUGAAAGCUGAUGUUCGUGUAUGGGGAGCCUUGCUUGGAGCUUGUCGAAUUCAUAAGAACAUUGAUUUAGGAAAGCAAGUGUCAAGGAUGAUCCAGAAACUUGGACCUGAGGGGACUGGCAACUUUGUUCUGCUGUCCAACAUAUUCAGUGCUGCUGGAAGAUUUGAUGAGGCAGCAGAAGUUCGAAUAAUACAGAAGGUCAAGGGCUUUAAGAAGAGUCCUGGCUGCAGUUGGAUCGAGAUAAACGGCUCCUUACAUGCAUUUGUUGGUGGAGACCAAUCUCAUCCAUGUUCACCUGACAUAUAUCAUGAACUUGAUAAUAUCCUGAUAGACAUUAAGAAACUGGGCUACCAGGCUGACACCAGUUUUGUUUUGCAAGAUCUGGAGGAAGAGGAAAAGGAAAAGGCACUUCUUUACCACAGCGAAAAGCUAGCAAUAGCUUUUGGUGUCCUCAGUCUUAAUGAGGAUAAGACCAUUUUUGUUACGAAGAAUCUCCGUGUAUGUGGAGACUGCCAUACUGCCAUCAAGUACAUGACCUUAGUUAGGAACAGGACUAUCAUUGUCAGAGAUGCCAACAGAUUUCAUCACUUCAAGAAUGGGCAAUGCAGUUGUGGAGAUUUCUGGUGACUGCCAAAACUAAAGACCAUUUCAUGAUCUGUUGAGAUAUAUGAGUACAUUGUGUGAUGGAACUUGUGUCCUUAGUCCUAAUAUGGUUGUCUAUACAGUUCCUCAUGAAGUUCCCUGUUGUAUUCAUUGCCUCAUAGCAUGAAUCUGAGAAAUUAGACAAGAUGUAACCUGAUAAAUUGAAAGGAAAGUCAAGGAACAAAAUUGCAAAAUAAGGUAGGAUUUAAGGUAGGUUAAUUUUUGUUGCACAUGGUUUGUAGAUCACAGUACAAUGUAUAUUGACCCAGGUAACGCUAAUUAGAUUUAUGAGGGCAUUCUUUUAUUCUACUUCAUUUGUGAAGUUGAUUUGUUCCUUUGGUA